UAAGUCCAAAGUCGACGUAGGCAUCCCAUCUCUUUACAGUUUUACAAAGUUUACAGCUGUUGUAGACGCCAAGCGCGAUUUUUUAUGCAAAAGCAACAUAAAACAAACUCUAUGUUUACAUCUUCCACCAUCUGACCAAUUGCAGCUGAAAACAAUCACCGAAACGAAUUUCCAUUAACCAAACAAAAAAUAAAAGAAAACAAAUAAAAUUAACAAAAGAAAAAAAAUGAGUGUUACGUGAAUUAGAAACAAAACCUAAUAAUAAAAACCAAAUAAUUCCUCCUCCCACAAAAAAUAUAUAUUUUCCUGCGUACUAGCGCCAUCUAGACAAGAGUGUUGUUAAGUGUUGUGACAAAUGGGUGAAAAAAGAGAGUGUUUGUGAGAGAUAGGUAAUUAUGUGAAAAAAAACAGAUUUGCCUCAGAGAUUUCAAGAAGAGAACAGAGAACCAGUUUUGUUUUUAUACUCCUUGAGAAUUCCCUUCUCUCUACACCGUUCGUUCAUCGAUGUGUGUUUGUGUCACGACAUUGCCAAACAACGUCAGCAGCAUCAAUGUAGCCGUAAAAUUGACGAACCAAAAGUAUUGACAAACAAAAGUAAAACAGCAGCAGCAGCAACAACAACCACACAGAGAAAUUGCCCCCAACACAGCAGAGCAGAGCAAACAUCUGUUUCGACCUCUAUAUAACUUUCUUUUUUUGUUUUUGUUUUCCUCCAUACUCCACACAAUACAUAUAGAUUUUCCCUUUACUCUCCUACUCCCCAACCAACUCUCCCGUCCUACCUCUCGUUUUGCUACUGCCUUUCAUUUUGCUUUUCUUGUGUGGUGGCUCCAAUUGUUAUUGUUCUUCAAAUCCAAAUCCAACCAUCCAAACAUUUUGCCGAGAGCGAGAGAGAGAGCGAAAGGAGAACAAGAAUUGAAUAUAAACAAAACAACAAUAACAGUGACAUGCCCCCCAUUUGUUGUUGUUGAUGUGGUUGGUUAACAGAAGUCAACGUCGGUGUACACUUUGAUUUGACAUGUCUUUUGUGUGAGUGUGGAUAAGUGAAGGCACAACAAUCUAGCCAUCAGAAGAGAGAUAGUAGAGCAAACCCGCCAACCAUAAAGACAGACAGCCAACAGUGUUGACAGCAACAUCGCCGCCAUCUUCAUCAUCAUAAUCGGGUGCAAUAAAAGUAAGAAACCAUUGCUGCGAUUAUUGCCAUAUCAGCUAUCAGUUGGCAAACCUCUUCCAAUCCCUCCGAGACACCUUUGCCGCCUCCUCUGCUUAAUGAGUACACACCAAUCACUUUUGUAGUGUCAGAGUCGUCGGGUGUUAUCGUUUUCCGAUAUUAAGAUGAGUUGUUAUUGUUGUUGAUGGAUUCGACGACUAGUACAGUGCAUCAACCAGCCACCAGUCACACUCACUUUAGCCGACAACAAACAGUAACAAGAGCCUCCUCGGCCUGAUGAUGUGCAGAGUUUUCCAUGCGAUUUGCACGUUUUAAUACUCGACAAUAACAAAGCAGCAGUACCAUCACCACCACCACCACUAGCAGCAGCAUCAGCAACAAUCGCAAGUAGCUCGGAAUCAACGGACCGUAAAGAAAUUCAACAGCCAGCAGCCAUCCAUCCAGCCCAGCCUAGCCAGCCAGCAAACAUAAACAAAGCGCAACAAACGCGGCAACUAAAUGCACUUCACUUGGCCACCAGCAGCACCCAUCAUUAUUAUCCCCAUUAUCAUCAUCUGUCUUGCCAUCGGCAGCAUCAUCAACGGCGGCCGGCCAACAUCAGCAAUAAUAACAUCUGCAGCAAUUGCAACAGUUUUCUAAAGAAACCUCAAAACAAAACGCAAAAACAACAAACAAAAGAGAAAGAAAUAAAGAAAGAAAAAAAAAAAACGAAACAAAUCAAACACACACACAUCCACUCAAACCUCUUCUCUGGGCAGGCAGGCAGGCAGCGAACGAACGAACUAACGAACAUCAAGUAAACCAACCGGCAAAGACUGUAAACUCUCCCCGCCGUUCUUUCCCCCUCUUCCCCCCUACACAACCACAACUUGUGUGCAGACAGAUAAUAAAAGAAAAGCAAAGCAAAGAAAAGAAACCAAAACCGAAACGAAUGUAGCAAAAAGCAGGAAUAUAAAGAAAAGAAAAACAAAAUACCUACCUAGUAUAUAUUAAUACAAAAAAAACAACAACAGCAACAAGAAAACGAAGACGACGACGAGAACAUCAAGAAGAAGAUUCGCCAAAAGACAAAACGACGAAAUAAUAAUAAAACAAAACAAGUGCUACUUGAAAAAUGUCAACGUUCUUAAACAAUUUCUUCCCGGCAGAUACGGCUGCUAUGGAUCCAAUCUUUUAUUCUCCAUCAAAUGUCAUACCUUCUGAAAGUAAACUUGCAACAUAUAUGAAUCGACAAAAUGUUGCAACGCCAACAUAUGGUAUGAAUGCGGGAUUUUCCUUACUUAGCCUGGAUUCACCGCUAUCGAUUAAGAAGUCGCAGGUAACACAACAAUCGCCUGAAUUCAUUCCAACACGUAUCAAUUCAUCGCCAAAUUUCUAUUCGCCGUAUCACAAUACGCCCAUGCUAAAUAAUGGUCUCAAUGGUGGUGUCGCCAACGCUGUAAACGGUCUAACACCCACCAGCAGUACGAGCAACAAAUCGGUCAAUGGUACACCGUCUAUGCUGGGCCUACAGAAAGCAACAGCCGCUGUCGUGGCACAACAAAAACAAUUACAACAGAAGCAUCAUCAACAGCAGCAGCAACAACAACAAUCACACCUCCAACAGCAACAACAGCCACAACAUAGUCUGAUAAACGGUGGCUCACAACAACAAAUUGGACCACCGAACGCCAAUCAGGGAUACGUAGGCAUGACAACCACCACACCAUUGAAGGGUGGACGCAGCAGUUUGCGGCGCAAUGAUUCACCCUCGAGUAUAGGUGAGAAAUCACCGCCGCGCAUAACACCGCAUGCAUCGCCCAUACCCACAACAUUGCCCGCCAGUGUACAUCAGGAAAAUGUCGGUGGCACCGUCUAUUUUUAUCCAACUGCCAAUCACACAACCGCCCAAAGUUCCAGCGCUGUCGGACUUGGAGCCGGCGGUGUUGUCGAUACGGUCGCCUCACAUCACACUGGACAAACGGGUGGCGCCUCCCUAACGCCCGUCCAACCCUCAAUACUGUAUACAGGUCAUGUCUAUCCCGGUCCUGCGUCAAAUGUCAUAACAAUGCAACCGAAAACCCAAUUGGAGUCGGCGUUCUUUAUGCCCGACGAAAUGCGCAGCGAGGUUUUGUCGCGUAAUGUGAUCUCGAAUUUAAUGUUGGACGCCAGCGAAACAGCACAACACGCCCUGCCAUUAGAAGUGGAUAAUUAUCAUUCGUUGUAUCCAUUGGAAGCGUUACCCGUACAGCCAUUGCAUGCCAAGUUAACUCUGCCCUCGUCAACGUACAAGGCGACACACAGUACAACGGGAAUUAAAUAUUGUCUGAGGAGAUUGCAUGGUUUCCGCUUACAAUCAACAAAAUGUAUGACAGUUGUGGAAAUGUGGAAGAAGUUACAACAUUCAAAUGUGGUACAAUUACGUGAAGUCUUCACAACAAAAGCAUUUGGUGAUAACUCAUUAGUAUUAGUUUACGACUAUCAUCCAAACUCACAGACGUUAUUAGCGAAAUAUUUCACACCACCGCCAGAAAGUAAUGGCUACAAUGAUCCAUUCCAGGGCGAAGCGCGCCCCUUCAGUCAUAAGAGCAAUUUACAACGUACAACGGGCAAUGGUCCUUUAUUGCCCGAGGCAACAAUAUGGGCAAUAAUUAUGCAAUUAACCGCUGGUCUACGUGCAAUCCAUCAAGCCGGUCUAGCCUGCAGAAGUUUGGAUCCAACGAAAAUAAUUGUCACCGGCAAACGUAUACGUUUUAGUUUUAGUGGCACAAGUGAUAUCGCACAGUUUGAUCCAAAUGUUGCAAAUCCUCUGGCCGUUGUCAGUAUGCAUCAACAGGAGGAUCUAACAGCAUUGGGUCGCCUAGUAUUAGCAUUGGCUUGCAAAUGUCUGCAAUCGGUACAACGUGACAAUGUACAAUCCAGCAUUGAAAUGGUCUCACGUCAUUACUCCUCCGAUUUGAGAAAUUUUAUUGUUUAUCUAUUUACAACGACACAAAGACGUUCGGUCACUGAUUUAAUGCCAAUGAUUGGUGCACGAUUUUAUACACAAUUGGAUGCUUUGCAGGCCCAAUGCGAUAUGCAAGAGGACGAACUUGCCAAGGAAAUGGAAAAUGGACGCCUUUACCGGAUAUUGGUUAAAUUAAAUUGUAUUAACGAGAGGCCAGACUUCAAUUUAGAUUGUACUUGGUCUGAAAUUGGUGAUAGAUAUAUGCUGAAAUUAUUCCGUGAUUUUUUGUUUCAUUCCGUCACUGAAGAUGGUCGGCCAUGGUUGGAUCACGCACAUAUUGUACAAUGUUUAAAUAAACUUGAUGCUGGCUCAUUAGAAAGAGUUCAACUCAUGUCCCGUGAUGAACAAUCAGUUCUAAUUGUUACUUAUGCUGAGCUCAAAAAUUGUUUAGACAAGGCAUUUUCUGAAUUGCUGGCUAGCGCUGCCUCAUAAUGAUAGACUAUCACCAUGUCAUUGGCACUACUCCUUUUAUCCCUUUUGAAAAAGAAACAAACACACAAACAAACAAACUUUAUCAUUUGCAUCAUCAAAUCAACUAUCAACAAAAAGGAAAAAGAAAACUAAAAGAGAAAACAAACCCUUCCCCAACGAAAAUGUUACCAUUACAACUACAAAAGAAAGAAAGAAAAAACUAUAAUUAAUUGUUAAGCUUAAAAGUUUUUUUUACCAUUUUAUUUGAAAUGAAUCACCGAAAAACAACAACAACAAUUCAUUCAAAAAGGCAUAAUUAGUUAAAUAAAACAAAAAAACACAAAGAAAUAAACAUACGAACGAAACGAAAUUAAGAAAGAAAAAAACCAACAGAUAUCCAAAAAAAAAGAAAAGAAAAACUUACAAAAAAAUGGAAAUCUCUUUAAACCAAGAAAAAAAUUGAAAAAAAAAAUCUUUGAAAAAUAUUGUUAUAAAAAUUGAAAAAAAAAAUAAAAUCAACAAAAAACUAUAUUUUUACAUAAAAAACAAGAAGUGAAAAAAGAGAACAACAACAGCAACAAACAAACAAAACCGAACCUUUUUGAAAAGCCGAGAAAAGUUUUUAACAAAUCGAAACAUUUUCCAAAACAGUUUUAUUGUAUGUGAGAUAUAUUAACAAUUAAGUUCCCUAUCCUGUCCUCUCAGACACAAACACACAUACACACUGUCAAGUGCAGAAAGAAAUCUGACUGGAAUCAGGCAGCAAGCAGCAGCAACAGCAGCAGUAAUGCGAAUACAAAGAACAAGAAAAUAAACAAUUUUUUGAAACAACAUUUGUUGGCCCAGAAUUUUUUUUUUGGUAUUUAUUUUUAUACAAAACGAAGAGCUGUAAAUUAAAACCAACAAAAAAAAUAAUAAUGACGGAAAAAUAUACCAAAAAAGAGAAUAACAAAAUAACGCAGCCUGAUUGUAAACAUGGUCAUAUCUUUGAAAUGCAUUUAUGUCCAUUGGUGUAUAGGCAUUUGAAAUAGUUUUGAUUUGAAAUUGCAGAAAACCAUGUAAAUUAAAAGGUAUUCUUAGCUGUAAAUUAAAGGGGUAUUGGUGUUUUAAAUAAAAAGUUACGUUUUCACAAACAAAAUCCGAAUUUGCGGAUAAAAAAGGAGAUAGGGACUCGCAAAAUAUUUUCCAUUGCGUUACGUACUUUUUGUUUGAACACCAUGUAUGUAUUUGAUUUUUUAAUUUUUAUUAUUAGUCUGCGUUAUUUUGUUAGAAAUAAAAACAAGUGUAAAAACAGAACGUACCCACUAUUUUGAAAAUGACAUAAAUACAUAUUUUUACAAAAACCAAAAAAAUGAAACAUAUUGAUACAUAAUGUAAAGACAAAAGGGAAACUCUUGGAAUUUAUUUUGUUGGAUCGCAUAACAUAAUUAAAAAAAAACGAAAUAUCCACAUUUAUUGUUAUUGGUUAUUGUUUCAUCAACCACUCAAAUUAUGUUCUACAGUUAAUUUUACAAAAUACUUAAAGGAAAAAAGGCUCGUGUCUCAAGCAAAAAAUGGUAUGUCCUCUAUAUUUUCAAUAAAAAAAAUUAUAUCAUGUUUAUACGUUUUUGUUUUUCUCUUCAAUACCAUGUCCUUUAUGGCGAUCUUCAAAUAUAUUCCUUGCUAGUUUUUCUUAUUUCCGUUUUGGCAAACAAUAAAAAUAUUUGUAUUUUAUUUUAUUAAACAAAAAAACCAAACAGCACCACCACCACCUACUGACAUGUAAAUCCAAGAAAAAGAAUUGUAUAAUAAAAUCAAAUAUUUGUCAACAUUC